AUGUCAUGUCUAAAAUACAAGCAUUUAGAGAAAGAAUCGAUCACUAAUAAAUCGAAUCAGGCUUCACGGAUACGUUACCCAAGUAGCAGUACAAUAUAUGGUAUUACAAUAUACCAGAAGCUUCUUGCAACUGCUUUGGAUAAUAUUAUUGUAGUAUACAAUAUUUCAUCCUCUGUAAGGAUCGAGGAUGUGUACCGUUUACAACUACCGAAGUCAAUCCGAAAAAAAUUAUUGGAAUUUAAAUUUAUUGAUCAUGAAAUGUUACUUUAUUGCGACACAUUAACGUGCAGAUUAUGCGUAUUGACUUUCCCAGAGAAAUCAUGUACGGAAUAUCUGCUAGCAUUGAAUGGAAAAAAGAUUGAAGAAUUGAUGUAUGCAACAGUAGUGAAGGAUUCUAACCAGAAUGUUAACAUACGGGUCGUAACUAAGAAUGCUAGCGAGGCUACCAUCCUGAGAUUCCCUUCAUAUCAUGCAUCCAGCAAUGCAUCAGUACAAUCAGCAGAGGAUAUACGAAUCAUUGACAAGCAUGGUUUAGCAACUGCAUUCAAUCGGCGUGGUUACACUUACUUUGUGGGAUCAGCACGACGGCCCUAUGAACCAUACAUCAAUGCCAAGAUCGAAGAAAUGAUUGUGAUGUCGGUUCGAAUAACUCGAAUAUGCGACAAGGAUCGUACAGAAAAGCUGGAAUCUCGCAUUGAUAUGGCACUUACCUGUGGAAAUUUUAGUUUGCGGACAAAUGUGUUUUCACUGGCAGCUGAGUACGAUCCAAAGAGUGAUGAGUUGAUUGUUGUGUUCCAAACAUCUGCAAAAAAUGAAAAUGUUGCAUGUAAAUAUACUAUGGAUCUUGAGUGUCAAAAGGUUAAAAAUUCCGAACAAUUGCCUCCACAUUGCUUUGUAUUUUCACGACGUGCUGAUGGACAUGCUAUGCGAACCUGUUUGAGAUUUGGUGGUAACUAUGUAGAGGAACCGUUAAAUAAUUGUGAUUUGGAAUUGUUUCCAUCAUUUGCAUAUCGUUACGGAUGGUUAGAACAGUUCCAUGCAUUUUCAGGACAACUCGUAGCGGUUUUACCGGGUUCUGGUGAAGAUAUCCUGUCUGUGAAACGUUUUUAUGAAGAUGACGCAUUAUUCAGUGUCCGUUCUGACGGUAUUUUAAAUCGGGUGUCAGAUCAAACAGAUCAAGUGGCAUCUUCACUCCUGUGGUCACUUCAAUUGCAGCAGACUCAAUUCACAGAAAAAUCUCAUACUCCUAAGUACCGCAUUGCUGCGGAUUUGUCGCGCAGUCGGAUUUAUUUUGUUCAAGAUAAUGAACUAAGCUAUGCGGAGUUGGCAUGUUCCUAUUUUUAUGACAGCUGUGAUUCGCUGGAACGGUCGAACUGGUCUGAUCCGCUUCAGUGCCUUUGGUGUGCUAUGAGUAAUGGUUCUGGUUAUGCAUUUUCACGAUCAAAGGGCAGGAGCUGUCCAUUCUACACAGUUGAUAAUUUCUGUACUCCAUUUAUUGAGCAUAUAAACAUUCCAUCAUCAAGUUUCUCCAACUAUACCUCGCUUGAAGUAUAUGGUAGAAAACUCGAUAGAUUGCAAGAUAUCGUUGCCAAAAUAUGCGAUCGGAACUGUGCUAUAUCAGAUUUCGGAUCAACAAAGCUAUCUUGUGUUGUUAACAUGCCAGUUAAUGCUGUGGAAGACUGCGAUUUUUAUCUGGAAGGGAAGCUGCGAUCGUUUGGCCGAUUUAGCAUCACUUCUGAAUUGCCGAAAAAGCGGGAUUCUCACACUAAAAACAUCAUUUUGGCAAGCACACACUCACAUUCGAAACACAGCAGAGCAAUUGUAACAAUAUUUGCGGUGAUUGUGCUGGCAUCCCUGAUCGUGCUUAUUUUAUGCCUUCUUCGUCAAUUCCAUAAACACCAACGGAAGCGAAUGAAACAUUGCCAUACAAGUGGCUCACAAAUAGCACUUGACACAAGUCAUGCCACUUUCGUGACCAAUAAUCCGUUUAGUGGACUCAAAAGAAAAGCUGACGAAAUAAAAACAUUUAAUCCGUAUGAGAAUCUUUUUAUGGAAAUCGAUUCGAAGUUGCAAAUACCUCUGAAGGAUCUGGAAUUGGGUGAUGAAAUUGGGAAAGGAAACUUCGGUGUUGUGUAUCGGGCAGUAUAUCGAAGCGCCGAUGGUCAACUAGUAGAUGUAGCAUGUAAAACAAUCGAUUCACAAAAUGAUGGUGUUAUAACUGGCAUCAGUGAAUUUUUACAAGAAGGCUUAAUUAUGGCUAAUUUUGAUCAUCCAAAUGUUGCUCGACUAAUUGGUAUUUCCUCAACUAACAAUAAUUAUCCCAUCAUUGUUACUGAUUUCAUGGCUCAAGGAGAUUUACGACAUUAUAUCAUUAACCCGGAGAAUAGACUCACGUUUGGCAAUCUUCUUGAUUUUGGUAUCCAAAUUGCAAAAGGAAUGACUUAUUUGCAUGAUAAACAAUUUAUUCAUCGAGAUCUUGCUGCACGAAAUUGCAUGUUAGAUGCGCACCUUGUUGUUAAAAUUGCCGAUUUUGGUUUGAGUCGAGACGUAUCACGAUGUGGAAUGUAUCAGGCUAUCCAUAAAGAUCGUGGAAUUCCCAUUCGAUGGAUGCCUAUUGAAUCGCUUGAAGAACAACAGUAUACAUUCAAAGCGGAUGUUUGGGCAUAUGGAAUUGUGCUAUGGGAAUUAGCUACACGUGGUUUGAUUCCUUAUGCAGACCUUGAAUUUACCGAUAUCCUCCGUUUACUAAAGAGUGGGCAUCGUUUGAUGAAACCAAAAGGAUGUCCGGAUAACCUAUAUCAUCACGUCAUGCGGCGAUGCUGGAUGGAAGAUCCGAAACGUCGACCAACAUUCUUCGAAUUAACAGAAAUGAUGGAGGACGUUGUACGACAGUUACGACGUGGUGUAUCAGGUGGUGCACUUCUGGAUAGUCACUAUGAACGUGUCUCCGCACGGUCAUUCGCCGUACCACUCAUCACCACCACUAAUUCAAGUGCAAGUGAUGGUACCAUUAUUACUAACUUAUAA